GCGGCGUCCCUGUUGUGCGCAGUGAUUGUUGGUAGUGAACACAUCUACAUUUGCCGGCAUGAGCCGGAAGUGCACCGGUGAACUGUCCCCAGAGGAGGGGAUGGAGGUGGACUGUCCUCCAGAGGAUCUGCCCAUGUCCUAUGACGAUAGCAGUGCUGAACAUGGCGUUAAAGACAUGAGGUUGGAGGCUGAAGCUAUCGUCAGUGACGUCCUGUUUGCAGUGAGCAACAUGUUCGUGUCCAAAACUCUCACCAACGGCCUGGAUUUGGCUUUUAUCAACGUGGAGACGAGAGAAGGAAAGCGCUACUGCUUAGAACUCAGUGAAGCUGGGCUCAGGGUGGUAGGACACACCUUCGAUCAGGUGGAUACAGGCCUGAGCACUCAGUAUCAUGAGACUGUUUACUCACUCCUGGACUCUCUGAGCCCAGGUUACAGAGAAGCUUUCGGAAAUGCCCUGCUCCAACGACUCGAGAGGCUCAAAUAAAAACGGUGAAAAGUUCAGCUUGAUGCUUCCAGACAUCUUUUCCAAGCUAGUGGUCCCUCUGCAGUUCUGCGCAACAGCCAGCUUCAAGCAUCAGUGGCACCCUUUCCAAUCCCAAACAUCCUACUGGCUUAUUUUAAUUAUGCUCUUUGAUUUUACAAAGACUUCUUGAUCAGAUUCUAGUUAGUGGUAAUUUUUUUUUUUUUUAAAUAUUGUAUGGCAAAAACAGAGGGUGCUGAAGGAUUGCACAUAGGGUUGACGAACCUUUUGGACAUGACCAACUACAUUCUCAAUGUUAUUGUAUCUUUAGGGGUAUGAUGGCUUGUCAGUGGAGCAGUACCCUUUAUAUACUGAUUGGGAACAUAUGUACACUUUUUUGACCCUAAAAAAAAAAAAAGUUACCUUGAAGUCUACUAAUGAGCCCUAAGGGGUAUAUCAGUGCACGGUAUACCUUUAAAGGAUAGAAAUGGACUCCUACUGUACCCCAUUUGAUAAUCAGUUGGUUAACUGAUACUAUGACCAGAAAAAGCCAGCUCUGUGCUGUUAUACCAUGUAAAGCUUUACUAUUUUGACUAAAUGAACUGAAAAAGCUGCUUGUUUUUUAAAAACUGGUAGGUUUCUAUGAUGCCUUAUUGUGAUUACCUGGAAUGUUCUGUGUAAGGUGGAAUGUCCUGCCCAUGCUACUCCUCUCCUGCAUUCAUUUUCCAGUGCCACAAAUUUGCUUUACUAAAUAACUUUCUAUAGCUUCUGUUGUGCUGGAAAAGGUUGUGCUUUUGUCCAGAUUUGGUGUUAUUUUUACCCACUAUAACAUGGCAUUCAUUUAAAGAAAAUGAAUUUGCCGUUUACUUGAAUGCUAGUAGGAAGCAAAUAAGUGCAAGGUCAAAUAGAGAAGCCUUGUGUUUUCUGUUCAACUUAUGAGAACUUAAAACUUUAAUGAUUAUUUUCCUGGGUUGUAUAAACUCAGAAUGAAACCAUAGCACAAGGAAGCUGUCCCUUAAAUUCCCCCCCCCCCCUUCCUAGCUUGAAGGCACACUGUGUUUGAGUCUAUCAGCUUAAAUGUUUCAUGUUUGAACCUGUUGAAGUUCAACCUCAUUGUUCUAUUGAUUUUCAGCUUGAAGCAGAUUUCUGCUUUGUGUAAAUGGUUAUUCAUCAGGAUUGUACGUGUCAUCAAUACAUGUUUGUGAAACCAAA